UAGCGAGCGGUCCAGCCGUUUGCUUUCUUCCUCAGCUCUUUCUCUUCCCUUCUGCUCAUUUUAUCGCGAGCGUAAAAGGAGAAGGCCUUCGGCCGCCCGGACCCCUCCUUGUGCCCAUCGCAAGUGCCACCACCGCCAUGGGCCUCACCAUCUCCUCUCUCUUCUCCCGCCUCUUCGGCAAGAAGCAGAUGCACAUUCUGAUGGUUGGAUUGGAUGCUGCUGGCAAGACGACCAUUCUGUAUAAACUGAAGUUAGGAGAGAUAGUCACCACCAUUCCUACCAUUGGUUUUAAUGUGGAAACAGUAGAAUAUAAGAACAUUUGUUUCACAGUAUGGGAUGUUGGUGGUCAAGAUAAAAUUAGGCCUCUCUGGAGGCAUUACUUCCAGAAUACCCAGGGUCUUAUUUUUGUGGUAGACAGCAAUGAUCGUGAAAGAAUUCAGGAAGGAGCAGAUGUGUUGCAGAAAAUGCUUCUGGAAGACAAGCUGCAAGAUGCAGUCCUGCUGCUUUUUGCGAACAAACAGGAUUUGCCAAAUACUAUGGCCAUCAGUGAAAUGACAGAUAAGUUAGGUCUUCAGUCUCUUCGUAACAGAACAUGGUAUGUCCAAGCCACUUGUGCUACCCAAGGAACUGGUCUGUAUGAGGGACUUGACUGGCUGUCAAACGAGCUUUCGAAACGUUAAAUGAAACUGGAUACCUAACCAAGGACAUGUUUGAUAUAAAUGGUCUAGGCUUGUUACA